AUGUUAAGGCAAGAUAUUAAUCGUAUAGACCCUAAAAGACGAAAUGUCGUCGAUCACCGAAAAAAACAAUUCGCCGAACCUACAUAUAAGGAAAUUCAAUAUCCUCAUCGUCUAAAUUUCUAUGAGACGCCCCCGACGGCAGACAUUACCUUGGAGCAAUUUGAGCAAUGGGCUAUCGAUAGGCUUCGGGUCCUCGCCGAACUAGAAGCAUGCUCAUUCCGCAAUAAAUCCCCUGCCGAGACCGCCGCACAUAUGAAGCCGUUGCUCGAGAAAUACCUCCCACUCGAUUCUAACUCAUCUUCCUCGUCCAAGCUCUUGGCUGAGAGGCAAAAAGACCAUUACAGCCAUUUCAUUCUCAGACUUGCAUUCGCAUCAACCGAGGACCUACGCCGAAGAUUUAGUCGCGUCGAGACAACACUCUUCCGUCUACGAUUAGCCGAGGACAGUACGCGCGAGCGAAACGCCUUUAUCCAGGGUUUAAACUUGGAUUGGGAACCUGUAGCCGAAGACGAGAGGAACAAGUACUUUGCCGAAUUGACAGCGACCAUCGGCUCCAGAAAGGGGGACGAAGAGACAGCUUGGUAUAAAGUCGAUUGGGAACGUGUACCCGAUUUAGUUGAAUCUAGGAGGGUAUUAUUAAAGGCCGGAAAAGCCUACGUUCCUUCAAAAGAGCUACCAAGUAUGGUCACUGCUGAGUUCACGAAGAGACUAGACCGAUCGCUAGAGCUUACGGCACGUGCACUACCACGACUUGAUGAAGACGAUCGACUUACCCCGAUCCUCGAUCACCUCUCCAAGAAUUUCGUCACCCCUGAUGCGGCUUAUAUCGGCACCAGUUCUGCUGUCCCCGGCGCCGAAAUCACAGCGCGGAAUAUCGACAAUAUAUCUUCACAUUUCCCUCUAUGUAUGCAGCACCUUCAUCGAUCGCUGCGCCGGGAUGCACAUUUGAAACAUUUUGGCCGUCUACAAUACACACUUUUCUUAAAGGGUAUCGGCUUAAACUUGGAAGAAUGUCUAAUCUUCUGGCGUACUUCCUUUCACAAGAUCACAGACGAUACUUUCAAUAAGGAGUACAGAUACAACGUAAGGCACACAUAUGGCGACGUCGGUGGAGAUUCAAAUAGGCGCGCCGGUGGCUAUUCGCCGUUCUCGUGCCAGAAAAUUUUAACAGAGCAUCCACCUGGCCCCGGUGAAGCCCACGGAUGUCCAUAUCGGCAUUUCAACCUAGAGAAUCUUACUUCCCUACUCCAACAAGUAGGUAUCUCUGACCGGUCUGUCUUGCAAGGAGUCAAGGAAGAUAAAGAAAAUCAGAAAUUCCACAUGGCUUGUAAUCGUGUAUUCGAAUACGUGCAUAAGAAUGAACUCAAAAAAGCUAAAGAUGAGGGCAUUAUGACCGUUGCCCAGCUCGAGACGAUCGUCCACCCAAACAAGUAUUUCGAGAGGAGUUACUUGUUAAAGAAUCUGGGCAAGUCCAAUAAUGGGGACGACAUCAAAAUGGAGGGAUUCUAG